UAGAAUAUUUUCACCUAUAAAAUAAAACCCGACCGUCGGGCAGGGGGAUUUGAAAAUCUGACAGUACGGGUUAAAAUCAACCAGUCUCGGACGGUCGGGCAGGCAGGUAUUUCGAACGCUGCACCAACCCCUCCAGCCACCUAUAUUUAGGUACAUUUUAGUUCACUGUUCUGUUUCAGCAUGCAUGUUCCAGUGUUUUUCUAUUGAAUUCAAUUAUGCGUUUUUAUUCUAUUUCUCCAGUCUGGGUCAUCUUAAAUAAGAACCCCUCUCCGCCGCCUGCUCAACGCCAUUCUCCCGUCAACACGUCAAGGCCAAAUGAUGACAGCACUUUUGUAAUCUGAUACGACAUCUCCAAAUAAACUGCAGCGCGGCCCCGGAACAAAUCCCUUCAGUGAAGGUUCACAUGAACAAAUCUCCCACCUCCUAACUGAUAAAGACGAGGACGGCUGGAUAAUUAAUCUGCAAGCUGUUUGUAACAGACGACACGUUCUUUACUUCCGGCUGGGAAUGCAUUUAUAUUAUACAAUAUCAUCUUCAAUUAGUUCCAACUAUUUUAUCAUCAAGCGUGUCAAAUAGGCAUGGACGUUGUGAAACAAACAAUGAAGACAUAUGGCACACAAAAGAGCUCGGCACAUGUAAGAGUUUACUGGCUAAAGUUGAUGGAAUAUUCCAGUGCAAACUGUGUCCUGAAUCAACGUCACGGCGGUACAAUGUCAAGGAAGGACACAUCAACAAGCACACACAACAUGCCGUCAAAGUUGGGGAUUUAUGGGUGUUAAGCUGCUUUUUGGAUUGUACUCCGAAACAAGACCGGUGCCAUUACCACUGCCCGUGUGGUAAACUCUUCCGGAGAAAGUUCACAUUUGUCCGACUCACGACCACGGUUUGCCCUUUUGUUCUGACAACAAACCAGACAGCUUCUGAGGAAAGAACUUCAGCAGAGUCCCCUAAAAUCCAAAAAGUGAAGAGAGAGCAAGUUCCGAAAGUGACAUGUUUUGUCUGCAAUGCAAUGAUCUCUAAGAAAAACAUUAAAAGACAUAUUGAGACACACAAUGCACGAGAUGAAGUGAAAACCAAGUCAUACCAACGUGGAAUAUGCGUUGAUAAACACCGCGGUCUCUACAUGAUCAGCAAGUCCAGUAUCGGUCCAGAUUACCCACUUCAUGUACAAAUGAACACUGUCACACAGCAGAUACAAUGUGAACAUGAAAAUUGCAAUUUAGCUUUGGGUGUUGCAGCAAGGGGCAAUGUAGGUAUUUAUCAGUGCCACCAUUUGCAAUCAGUUAUCAUAAAGAAGUGCAAAGCGUGCGGUCACUUCUACAGGUACCAAGAGCACAGGGAUGGUAUACACAAUUUUGACGACCACGUGUUCCUGUCAGUUCGCCUGUGCCACUGGUUCAGAGUUAACUUGAAGAAUCAUACAGCCGUUGGAAGGGCUGCCGAUAUCUUAUCAGAAGAUUCCGGCUUACAUUUUCCCGGAGACAAAAUGUUACAGGGAUAUCUGCACUUUGAGGCAAUGUGCGAUCACAAGUACAACUUUACCUGUGACAUCUGUGGCCGUUUUCCAUGUUGCCUGGUGACAGAUGCAAAUAGGAAAUGUGCAUUUCCAUUAGCAUUGUCACAAGUACCAGGGACAGAAACAGCUACAGAUGGAAUCAACAUGGAUGUGUUUUGGAGCCAAACGGUGGAGGCGUCUAUUUUACUUCGGGGUUUUGGAAAAGAAGCAGCCAACGUCGGGCGUGUUACACCUAGUUAUGACAACUGGGCUCCUUUCAUUGGAUUAGCCAGAAAAGAUGAAAAUGCUUUCAACACUGAAGCUGAAAAAGUUCGAUCUCUCAGAACCCAUCUUCGAGAUACAGAUUUUGAUACAGGGGAUAAGGAACUGACUGAAGAUUUCCUGAUCCAAAUGUUAUGUGAAAAGAAGGUUCUGGAUGUACGGCACUGGUGUACAAAGAUGGAAGUAGACGCCAAAGGGACCAAAUUAGAGAUGAUCAACAGCUUGAAGGAAAAGUUGAAAAGCAAAUCAACCUUCAACAAGUUAUUUUCAAGCAUAUGGGGCCAUUCUGGUGGAUGGGUAUCAGCGUCCUGCCCCCAUAGAAUAGUGUACGCAUUCAAAGCUAUUCUGAGGCCUGAAAGUGUCAGAGACCAUGUCGACAUCAUUCUAUCUAUGUCAAGACAACCGCCAGUCAUCAUUAGUGACGUAGCCCCAAUGAUGUCACGCCAUGGUAACAAGCGGCGGAAGAACAUGUUCUCGCCCAACGAAGGACGCUUGGGUGAAGCGACUGCAGACAACAUAAAAAAAGCUAAGGAGGGGGUAUUUUCAAAGAGUAUACCUUGCAUGAAGGAAUGGGUGACAGUAGCACCAGUCUCCGACUAUGAUUUGCCAACCUCAAAUGAAACGUUCUGUUUGCUGGAUAGGUUUCAUGAAGGGAAUACAAAAUCAGAUGAGGAACUCCUAAGGCGUAUAACGUUUGUUCCCGAAAUGAAGGGCUCAAUAAAUUCACAAGUUGAAGAGCAGCUGCACAGGGAAAUGAACCGGAACAACUACUUUCUAGAUGCGAUGUCGCCGGGAAACUACAUGUUUGUCCUGCGAUUGCUUCUACAUUUUCACAAUGAACAUACAAACAGGAAAAUGACAGAAGCAAUCAAAGGAAAACUGUACACAGACAUUUCGUAUGGUGAAAUACGUCAUGACAAGUUUGGCCGCCUGCAUCUUUCAGAUUUGGACAAUGCAGCAGAAAAAGAAGGGAAAACAGACCUUUGGACGAGGACUGAAGACGCACAGAAGCACAAGAAAAUAUCGCUCAAAUAUCACAAAGUUACCUUGAAACAACUGCAAGAAGCACUGCAGAAGGCUAGUCCAUCAAACGUGACAACGUUUUGCCAAGGGACAUCAGAACGACUUCUGGCCUCGGAAGGAGGCACACACCUAUCCAAUUUUGUCGAUGUGCAACGGCACAAAACCUGGAACCUUUACUUGGAGGCCAUGUCUACACCGGGUGAAUACGUUGAUCACCUUGUAGUACAGAGAACAUCGCAGUUUCUCAAAAAGGACAUUGCCGUUUUCACAAGUUCCGAAGAUGGAACCGCGUCCGACAGCAAUGUUGUAAUGAUAUCUGGUGGACCAGGAGCGGCUAUGAUGUUAGGUCACUAUCAUGAAGCACAUUAUCAAAGUCUGGAUUUCCAACGUGCUGGACAAGUGGAAUGUUCCACCGCGCAAGCAGAUUCAUCACCAUUGCCGGCGGAGGAUGUGUUUCAAGAUAUCUGUAAUGAUGACAGAAGAUUGGACGAAAUAGUAGUGACGAUAGGUCCCUACCGAAUAUCAAAAUUGGAUAUUCUGACAAUAGCACCAAUACUUCCGAAAGAAACAGAAGACCAGAUGAGAGUGAAAAUUGACAAAGAGACCAGAUGGGCUGUGGGCUGGCUAUAUGAUCAGAUAAUAAACGUCUCCUUGUAUGUGCUGUGUCAAAGGUGGGGGCAUCCUGAGAAGCCAGAGGUCUUCCAUUAA